AUGACAGAUGAGUACACUGCAUUGCAGAAGUACAUUUCUACAUACCGGGACCCCAACGCCAUCAAGGCCGAGGGCUUCGCCGAUGAAGCCGAGAAGAAGAAGAACAAGAAGGUGCCGGCAUGGAAGUUCUGGGUCAAGAAGGACAAGUCCGCCGAUGCCGACGAGGCCGUCGUGCCCGAGGAGUGGCUAGAGGCAGACAUCAAGCAGGGCAUCAGCAACCAGGAUGUCGAAUCCCGCCGAACCCGCUUUGGCUACAACGAGAUCACCACCGAGAAGGAGAACUUGUUCAUCAAGUUCUUGAUGUUUUUCACCGGUCCUAUCCUCUACGUCAUGGAACUUGCGGUCAUCAUCGCCGCUGGUCUUCAAGAUUUCAUCGAUUUGGGUGUCAUCAUCGCCAUUCUGCUCCUCAAUGCCGCCGUCGGUUGGUAUCAGGAAAAACAGGCCGCCGACGUCGUCGCCGCCCUCAAGGGUGACAUCGCCAUGAAGGCCGUCGUUAUCCGUCAAGGACAAGAACAAGACAUCAAGGCCCGCGAGUUGGUUCCCGGCGAUAUCGUCGUCGUCGAAGAAGGUGCUUCCAUCCCGGCUGACGCCCGUCUGAUCUGUGACUACGACCACCCCGAAGACUUCGAGAAGUACAAGGAGCUUCGCGAGCAACAUGCCCUCAACCCCGAAGAGGAUCCCGCCGGGUCGGAAGACCAGGAGGGUGAGGAUGGUGAGGGUGAGGGUAUCCAGCACCAGGGUCACUCCAUUGUCGCCGCCGAUCAGUCCGCCAUCACGGGUGAGUCUCUCGCCGUCGACAAGUUCAUGGGCGAUACCGUCUACUACACCACCGGCUGCAAGCGUGGCAAGGCCUACGCCGUCGUCACCCACUCUGCCAAACACUCGUUCGUCGGUCGCACCGCCUCUCUCGUGCAGGGCGCCAAGGAUCAGGGACAUUUCAAGGCCAUCAUGAACAACAUCGGUACCUCUCUCCUCGUGCUCGUCAUGUUCUGGAUCCUGCUCGCCUGGAUCGGAGGCUUCUUCCGUCACUUGCACAUCGCCACCCCGACCUUUGCGGACAACACCCUGCUCCGCUACGUCCUGAUCCUCUUCAUCAUCGGUGUCCCCGUCGGUCUUCCUGUCGUCACCACCACCACCCUGGCUGUCGGUGCCGCGUACCUCGCCAAGCAACAGGCCAUCGUCCAGAAGCUGACCGCCAUCGAGUCCCUCGCUGGUGUCGACAUUCUGUGCUCGGACAAGACCGGAACGCUCACUGCCAACCAGCUCUCCAUCCGCGAGCCAUACGUUGCGGAAGGCGAAGAUGUCAACUGGAUGAUGGCUUGUGCCGCUCUCGCCUCUUCUCACAACAUCAAGUCUCUGGACCCCAUCGACAAGGUCACCAUCCUCACGCUGAAGCGCUACCCCAAGGCCCGUGAUAUCCUCAAGGACGACUGGAAGACGGAGAAAUUCAUCCCCUUUGACCCCGUCUCCAAGCGUAUCACGACCAUUUGCACGCUGCGUGGCGACCGCUUCACUUGCGCCAAGGGUGCGCCCAAGGCCAUCCUCAACUUGACCAACUGCUCCAAGGAGACGGCCGAUCUGUUCAAGGAGAAGGCUUCGGAGUUUGCUCGCCGCGGUUUCCGCUCGCUCGGUGUCGCCUACCAGAAGAACGAUGAGAACUGGGUUCUCCUCGGUAUGCUUUCCAUGUUCGAUCCUCCUCGUGAGGAUACCGCGCAGACCAUCGUCGAGGCCCAGCAACUCGGUGUGCCCGUGAAGAUGCUUACGGGAGAUGCCAUUGCCAUCGCCAAGGAGACUUGCAAGAUGUUGGCUCUCGGAACCAAGGUCUACAACUCGCAGAAACUCAUUCACGGUGGUCUCUCCGGCUCCACUCAGCACGAUCUUGUCGAGCGUGCCGAUGGUUUCGCCGAGGUGUUCCCCGAGCACAAGUACCAGGUCGUCGAGAUGCUGCAACAGCGUGGUCACUUGACUGCCAUGACUGGUGAUGGUGUCAACGACGCUCCCUCGCUCAAGAAGGCUGACUGUGGUAUCGCUGUCGAGGGUGCUUCCGAAGCCGCCCAGGCCGCUGCCGAUAUCGUCUUCCUCGCCCCCGGUCUCUCCACCAUCGUCUUGGCCAUCAAGACCGCUCGUCAAAUUUUCCAGCGCAUGAAGGCCUACAUCCAGUACCGCAUUGCCCUCUGUCUCCAUCUCGAAAUCUUCUUGACCACCUCCAUGAUCAUCCUGAACCUCACCAUCCGUUCGGAUCUGAUUGUGUUCAUCGCCUUGUUCGCCGAUUUGGCCACCGUCGCGGUUGCCUACGACAACGCUCACUCCGAACAGCGCCCGGUGGAGUGGCAGCUUCCCAAGAUCUGGAUCAUCUCCGUCAUCCUCGGUGUCGAACUCGCCCUCUUCACAUGGGUCGUCCUCGGCUCCAUGUACAUUCCCAACGGCGGUAUCAUCCAGAACUUCGGCAACAUCCAAGAAGUCCUCUUCCUUGAAGUCGCCCUCACCGAGAACUGGCUCAUCUUCGUCACCCGUGGUGCCAGGACCUUCCCGUCCUUCCAGCUGGUUGGCGCCAUUGGCGGUGUCGACGCCGUGGCCACGCUCUUCUGUAUCUUCGGCUGGCUCUCGGGAGGUAUCCACCAGGAGCCUCUUCCCGACCCGCUCUCGCAGUACUGGUACAAGCAGCAUCAAUCCGGUCGCACCGACGUGGUCACCGCUGUGGUCAUCUGGGCCUACUCGAUCGGUGUCAUCAUCAUCCUCGCCAUCACCUACUGGUUGCUCAACAAGAUCCCAUGGCUCAGCGACCUCGGCCGCAAGAACCGCAGCGUCCACGACACCCAGAUGGAGAACAUCAUCGGCCACCUCAGCAAGCUCGCGCUCAAGCACGAGAAGGACGAGCACGGCGAGCCGAGAUGGGUCAUCAGCCAGAAGGCGGCGGAGGAGGAGGAGGACGACUAG